AUCGAGGUUAACAGCCACAUAUGGAAAGGUUAACAUGAGUUUGUGUACUUACUGAUUGAAUUAAACUUUGGACUUUGCUUGUAAUUUGGUUCCAUUUGUUGCAUUUCCAGUUCCUCCAAGAAUUAAAGAUGAUCAAUACAGGAAAACUAGCAGGAAAAACGAUACUCAUCACUGGCGCGAGCAGAGGAAUAGGCAAAGCCAUAGCCCUCAAAGCUGCAAAAGAUGGGGCCAAUAUUGUAGUUGCGGCUAAGACAGCUGAACCCCACAAGAUUCUGCCUGGUACCAUAUACACGGCCGCUGAAGAAAUUGAGAAAUGUGGGGGAAAAGCUUUACCUUGUGUAGUCGACGUUAGAGAUGAAGCCCAAGUCCAAAGUGCUGUCGAACAAGCUGUGAAAAAAUUCGGUGGAAUUGAUAUAGUUGUAAAUAAUGCUUCUGCUAUAAAUUUGAUAGGAACUGAAGAAUUAACUAUGAAAAAGUAUGAUUUAAUGCAAGAUAUCAACACUAGGGGCACAUUUUUAGUAUCUAAAUUGUGUAUUCCCUACCUGAAAAAAAGUUCUCAUGCUCACAUUCUAACCUUGUCACCGCCAUUGGACAUGAAAUCUUAUUGGUUUGCCCCACAUGUGGGGUAUACGAUAUCCAAAUUUGGUAUGAGCAUGUGUGUGUUAGGUUUUCAUGAAGAACUGAGACCAUACAACAUCGCUGUUAAUGCAUUAUGGCCUAGAACAGCUAUCCAAACAGCAGCACUAGAUAUGCUAACCGAAAAACAAGGUGCCAAAUAUUCCAGGAAACCCGAAAUUAUGUCAGAUGCUGCUUACGCUAUAUUAAUCCAAGAUCCCAAGUCCCCAAAAGCUACCGGAAACUUCUACAUAGACGAUGAUGUUCUGAGAUCGAACGGAAUCACCGACUUGGAUCAAUAUUGCAACGAUCCAGCUUACAAAGACCAACUGAUGCCCGAUUAUUUCGUAGGAGAAGACCCCAAGUUGCAAAGUUCAAGGUCAUUCUUGAAUUUUGACAAAGAAACAAGCGCAGAGAAGGGACAAAGCGCGGAGCCUCAAGGUCAAGUUGCGGGAUUGUUCAAGAAAAUCGAAGCUUCUUUAACCGAAGAAGUCGUUAAAAGUACUGAAGCGUCAUUUCAAUUCGUGGUAACUGGAAAAGAGGAAGGAAAAUGGUAUUUGGACUUGAAAUCUGGAAGCGGUAAGUGCGGACAAGGCGAGGCUCCAACUAGUCCCGAUGCGACCCUUCAGAUGGACAGCGAGAACUUCUUCAAGAUGUUCACAGGGAAGAUCAAACCAGCUACUGCAUAUAUGACCGGUAGGUUGAAAAUCAAGGGAAACUUGCAGAAGGCUUUGAAACUUGAAAAAUUGAUGAACAGCCUCAAGACGAAAUUGUGAUGUGUGAAUUGAGUUUCGAGAGUUUAUAAAUGUUAUUCAAAUUUUCUAUAAAUAUUAAAGAUGUAUUUUGUAAGAAAUAUAUAUUUCUAUAUUUUCUAA